AUGUUUCCUCAUAGUGAUCUAGUUCUCAGAUUCCUGCCUGUCUUGCAGGAUCACCAUCACCUGUUGACACCACCCCCUUACUUUGCAUCUUUUAUCCCUCUUCCCGAUCUCUCAAUAUCAGCCCUGGUCAACUUUACAGUACUUCCUGGUUUUGAUCCAGCACUUGUGGGACUUGAUGUUCAUCGGUUUUUUUCUUCAAUCGAAUGCACCACUUGUGAUGUUGCUAGUGACUUCCUUGAGCACUCCAUCCCACCACUUGCCCUGUCAUCUCAACUCUUGGACGAGUUCAACCAGGCUUUGCUUGACGGAGCAAAGUCUGCCAUGCUGUUGCCUCCCAGGAAAAAUAGUCAAUGGCAUGUCAUUGGUUGGCACAGCAUGGCCAUGAUAACUCUGGGUUGGAAUAUGGACCUGCAUGGUCCUGCGGCAUUUCUUCAAACAUCAGAUCUUGCUGACUUUCUUGCCUCAAUGCCAAUGAAGGGUCGCUUUGUUGAUGCCAUGGUUAACGGGAUUUCCCGCCAAAUUCAGCUUGAUUUGCAGCUCCUCAAAUCAACUGUUGUUGAGGAGCUGACAUUCACUUCAACCCUGCACUAUGAGCCGAAGCAGUGGUCUCAGUACAUGUUUGACAGGGGCUUCACAAGGCUAUGUCAACUUGGUGACUCGUUAAGUAAUGGAGAGCUUGAAUACAUUAUAUUUCCCAUUAAUAUCAAUGGUGCACACUGGACAGUCUUUUUGGUGGAUGCGAAGGCGGGAGAGAUAUGCUAUGGUGAUUCUUUGGACUGGCCAUGGCCAAAUACAGAUGUUGAUCGCAUUCAGCAAUGGCUACACGAGCAUGGCUUUAGAACUUUUUCGAAAGGUGCAAUACUUCCCCAUGGUCUUUAA